AUGCACCGCGCUGCCUCCAACCAGCGCUCGGUCUCCUCCUCCUCGGGUUCCUUCCAGCCGCCGCCGCCGCCGCCGCCGCCACCGCCGCACGCCGCCGACCGGCAGCCGCUCUUCCCGGGGAGCUCCAGCAGCGGCGGCAGCCGGCGGGGCUCGGGGUCGAGCUCGGGCUCGGCGCGGGCCUGCCGCCCUCGCAGCCCCCGCAGCAGCCCCGAGGAGGAGGAAGAAGAGGAGGAGGAAGAAGACAGCAUCAGCAUCAGCAAGCCGCUGGGGGCGGCGGGCGGGCGGCGCUGGGGCUUCCAGGCGCUGUCCCUGGUGCUGCUGCUGGGGCAGGGUGCGCUACUGGACCUCUACCUGAUCGCCGUCACCGACCUGUACUGGUGCAGCUGGAUCGCCACCGACCUGGUGCUGGCGGCCGGCUGGGGCAUCUUCUUCUGCCGCAACAGCCGGGCGCGCCGCCGCGAGCGGCCCCCGCCGCCCCCCGGGCCGCCGCCGCCGCACCCGUUGCUGCUGCACGGCCCCCCCGGCGGGCGCGGGGCCGGGGGGCGCGGGGCCGGCGGCCCCCCCCGCGGCGGCGACUUCGCCUACGCGCAUCUGGCCUGGCUCAUCUACUCCAUCGCCUUCACGCCCAAGGCGGCGCUCAUCCUGGGCACCUCCAUCCUGGAGCUGAUCGAGCUGCGCCUGCCUCUGGGCACCACCGGCUUCCGCAUCACCCUGGCGCUCUCCGCCCCGCUGCUCUACUGCCUGCUGCGGGCCAUCGGCGCCGAGGGCUCCGGCCAGCUGCUCCUGCCCCCGCAGCCUCCGCCGCAGCACCGCGCCGCGGCCGCCUUCCUCGCCACCUGCCUCGACCUCCUCGACAGCUUCUCCCUGCUGGAGCUGGUGCUGCAGCCCAGCCGCCCCGCACCGCUGCCCGCCCCGCUGCGCUACCUCCUCAUCGCCGUCUACUUCCUCUGCUUGGCCUCGCCGGUGCUGUGGCUCUACGAGCUCAGCGCAGCCCGCCCGCCCGGAGCCGCACGCCUCGCCCUCCACCUGCUGCUGCCCGCCGGGCUGCUGGACGCGCCGCUGCUGGCGCUCCGCUGCCUCCUGCUCCUGCGCUACCAGCAGCCACUCUCCCUCUUCAUGCUGAAGAACCUCUUCUUCCUGGCCUGCCGUGGCCUGGAGGCCCUGGAGACCUGCUGUGUCCUGCACCCCACCGCCACCCUGCCGCCGUCCAAGUACGGCUCUGCUGCCGGGCCCCCCGCCGCCGCCCCGCUGGGCCACGGGCUGUCCGACGUCGACGUGGGCCCCCAUGGUUAUGUCAAUGCACUGGCCGUCACCGCUCAGGGCUGAGCCCGUCGAGCCCCGCCAGUCUCUCUGUGUUUCUGCUCAGGUUCCCUCUGCUGUGGCCAAGCGUGGGAAGGGACGUGGACACCCCGCCGGACUCCUGCUGCCCUCCCUGCCCUAUAGACAAUGCCGUCAGCGGAAGCUUGACGCGGACACUGCUACCUGCAGGAGCCCAUGGCCGAUAUUUCACACCUGGAAAACACAUCUGCCCCAAACCACGGGUCCUCUUCCAGUGCUUUUGCCUCUCCGCACUGCCCGGAGGAUCCCACUCUUUCCCCUUCACUCCCCACCAAGACAUUGUGUUGCUUUGUGACCAUAAAGGUUUGGUUUUCUUUUCUUCCCCUAAGCAACAGGGACCAGACACUCCCCACUCCUUCAGGAACAACUGUUGACCAGCGAUGAGAUGCGAGAGGGGCCUGAGCAGCAGAGAUGUGCCUUCUUGGUGCGUGCAGGACAAGGAAAAGCACUCUUGGGUUCCACCGGUCCUGCAAAGCCACCCCUAUGACCCAGCAGAGCUGGGAAGGUUGGGGAGGAGCAGCUGGGGAACGCCUGGAAGCACUCUGGCCAUCUGCUCAUUUCAAGCCUUGAAGCCACUUCCUCCAAGCUGUAAAUGUCUACCUCUGUGCUUCAACCUUUGGCAUCUUAUGUUGACUUCACACGCUAAAGAAACAAGUGAAUCCAAAAUGGACAUGGUCCGGGGGAUUGCUCCCACCGAGACACUGACUUCUGGUGACAACAGGGUUUAGGCAGCCUCCUGCUGGCUUCAGACAGCAGCGCCUGCUUGCUGGGGCGCUCAUUUCUCUGUGAAUAUGCAUGUUUGUGGGAUCAAUGUUGGUUUUCCUUUAUGCAGCAUAGGGACUUCCUUCGUGUAGGGCAGGAGGGCUGGAAAGGUCCCCCUGACCUCUUCCCACAUCUGUUUGAGGGAGCAGCAGGGCAGCUCCCAAAUGGCGGUGUGGGACUGGGUGCUGCCUGGGGCCUGUGCUGGCUGAGCACAGAACAGGGCACUCCAGCACCCUGCCCUGCAGGUGUGUGUGGUUAAGGGUGGUGGGGGAGCCGUAAGUUGUACUUUUUGUCUCAUAGGAACACAGUUAUCUUUGGUUUUAAGCUCCAUGUAUGUGUGGGGUGGGUUGCGGCCCGCUCUUCAGCCUGGCUCCAGCCACUUCCCAAAUCGGCUGCACCGAAGCAGGAGCACGGAGGCCAUGCUUGGAAGAAGACCUUUGCCUCCCACAGGCCUCUAUUUCGCUCCCUGGCCAAGGCUGCUGUCAUUGGCUUCCUGUCCAGAGCCUUUUUUCAAGCCGUCCUGAUGGUAACGGGCACAAGAGCCCACCGCCUCCUCCGCAGAGCCAGCAGCAGGACGCAGGCACGGCCCAGUCCUGCCCACACCCACCUCUUCCAGGGCUCCGGCCUCCUGCCCUUCACGCAGCAGGGCCUGCCCCAGCGCACAUGUUUACAGCAGUGCCAACUUCCAGCUCCCCCCGGCAGAACCGCGUGCCCUCAGGUGGCCAACAAGCCUCUGGGGCUCAGGAACAACGGGGCGACAGCGCUGCUCUGCUCCAAGCUGGGAGGGGAGACCCGCUGCUCUCCCCCUGCCAAACAGAGCCAGCACAGACUCGGCUUAACUUUCCCACCAGUGCUUUAUUUUUAACCUGAGACCUCAGGUGGGCACUUGUGUGAAUUUUGGCCAGUGGCCUUCUCUUCAGUAAUUCCUUUUUGUCUGGACAAUCUUGGUGCUGUGAGUGACCGUGAUUGUAAAACUAAGUACUGUGAAUUUUUCCUAUGUGAUGUGAGCUGUGUCUAGGGGAUGCUACCGUCCUGGCCAAAGGGGUGCAGUCGCAGGUCUGUUGGGGUUGUGCAGAUACUGGUUUCCUUGCACAUGCCUUUUCCAGCAGUGGACAGUGCUGGACAGUUAAAGCUCAGAAAGAGCUGCAGUACAGCUUAGGGAGAAUGAGAAGAUACUUGCACCCAAGCUUCAGUCAAAUGAGAAUAAUAUGUGCCAAAAAUACGGUGAAGGAAGAAAAAGCUAUUCAUCCCCAGCUCUGUUUUGCUGCUCCUAUGGUGUGGUUCAUGAUAGCACCAAAGUGAGUAGAACAUCCCUAAUACACGCAGGCAUGAGCAUAGCUGAGACACCGGAAGAAUCACAGCAGAAUUACUACUAAUGCAUCUUACUUAUUCAGUACACCCUCACAGCUGCUCUUUCAAUAGUGAGUGCCUUUUUCCAUCUAAGACAUUAGUGAGAAAAUGGCAUAUUGGAAAUGUAAGUAGCCAUGGCAUUUUCAAACCUUUGACUACGUUGAAAUUACAGUUCAGAUUUGUCCCCUUAUGCAAUAACUACCUGGGGCAGAUGACACCACAAAAUGAUGAUGCUAUUGCAUCAAAUUCCUCUGUAGAAAAAGUGGUUCUUCAUAGCCCCAUUGUUUAUAGGGUGUUAGAAAAUGUGCUGUUUGGGAUGUAUGAAGCUUCUGUAGCAGCUGACUGUACAGAAGCCCCCAUGCAACUAUCUAUUGGAGGGCAGUGCUGCCCUCCACUUACUUACUACAGAGAAGCAAUUAAAGCUCUGCAGUGUCUCAUUCCUAAGCCUGCCCCACCUUUUAAACUCCCUUCUCUUUGUUAAUUGAGCACUCAUAUCCAUUUAGACCCUUCUGCUGCACAAUAGAUCCAUCCGCAGAAGAAACGGACAGUGGUGCUGUCCAAGAGCAAACAAUACCUCACCCAACACACCUUGCACACCUACUAUCUUGUGCCCAACAUUAAUUACUGGUCCAGGUCAAUAACACUGCAAUAUCAAGUUGUGCCAUAUGAAAAUAUACACCCCUUGGGGUCCUGUUACAAGGCUUGUAGCAGAGCUCAGCUAUUUAGCAUUCUGUUGCAUGCCUCACUAAAAAGAGACCAUUCCCAGGAUGGGAAAAUGAAGUGAGAGAUGAGGCCUGUGGCCAGUGGACACUUGGCAUCCCCCUGGCAUUAAUCAGAAGCUGUAUUUUUUAAAAAGCAAGAUUGUUAAAAUAAAAUUAGAAACUUGUGACUGA